AUGACGGACGACGGCACCCUGGACGGCAUGGUGCGGCACGCGGUGUUCAACGACGGAUAUUCGUGGCUCAAGCAGCACGUUGCCGAGCGCUUCCUCCUCUUCUGCAAGCUCGCGUACGCUGCCGGCGCGCUGCCGCCCGCUUGGGACUGGCGCGCGUUCCUGGCGGUCGCAGGGCCGCUGAUCGCUGAGCCGAUGUCCAAGCAGGACGCCCGGGAGCGCUGGGGCGGCGAGAACAUCUUUGCGGGCGCGCUCGGGGGCCGCUCUCUGCGCUGGACGGCCGACACGAUCUUUGGGUUCAACUACAUGUUGGCGCAGCACGAGAAUCUUGUCGAAAAGGAAGCGCGGCCAGAGUUCCGGCCACUGUUCGAGCAAAUAUUUAACCGCCUGCCGCAGCUGCUCGCGGCUGCCAGGUCAGCGGCUGAUGGGGCAGACGCGUCCAUGUUCGACGACGUCGGCGGCGUUGAGGCGUGGGCGCGGCUGCUGGAAGAAAUGGAGGACCCUGCGGAGGCCCUGGGGCUCAUUCAGGUGUGCGUCUGGCGGGGCGGGGUGGGGUGGAGAAAUAUCUGCAUCGCACGUUCCUAG